UAGAGUAUUGGUCACUCUGGUUAACAAUGGCUUCGUUGGGAUUUGUAUUGACAACAACAAAAAAAAUCUAGACUUUGUUAAAAAUUGCAAUCAGAAACCUUUGAAUCCAAGACCUGAGUUAACUCGCCAGAUUCAACAUCAAUAUGGCUGGAGUUAUGCAGAAGUUCCUUGUUGCAUCAAUGUUCAUGUGGAUGCUUCCUAUUGCCAUCUUAUAUGCUUUCAACCACGAUUUUCUUCCUGGUUCAACAACAUUGUCUCCACAUUCUCUUACACUACUGAGUGGAUUUCUUGCGGUGGUAUCAGUCAAUGUAGUGAUUGUGUUCUACAUCUGUCUGGCCCUGAAAGAACCUACGGAUAAACACAAGCCAGACGCUUCGUUUGUCGCAGAGGCCAAGGAUAGCGUGAAGAAACUGACAUCAGGAGUCCCAAGCACUGACCCGGCACUCAAGAAACAAGAGUAAGAGGUUACCAAACCCCAUUUUCUUAAAAGCAAGGAAUAGCGCCGAUAUUGCAUCAGAUAGAGAGCAUCUUUCAGGUUCUUGAAAUGUAUUUUUAUAAUUUGUAGAAAUUUUUGGCUGGUAGUUCAUCCUCUGUUGCGACAUUUGGUGGUUUGGUUUAAGCAACAGAAACUGCAAUGUUCAUGUUGAACGGAUACGAGAGCAAAUGUUUUAUGGACAAAACUGUGUUUCCAGUUGCUGUUCCUUCAUUGCAAGGAUACUAAUCUGAAUUUUACGGUGACAAUUGUUUACUUGUAAA